UAAACAUGUAUGUAUAAUAAUACUUAUAAUCUGUACAUGUAAACCUCAGUUCUAGCUCAACUUUCAUGGAGUUUUCUGUCACACAUACAUAGUGUAAUAAACAAUAUUUAUAUUUAAGAUACUCAACAGUAUCAAAUCAAACCACAAUAUCUUAUACAUGUAAACUAGCUGUCUGUAAAUAUGGUUUUGGUCUCCCAGUUCUCUAGUGGGCCCCCUCAAGUUUAUCACCUCUGUAAAAUGACAGCCUAAACAAACAGCCUGGAAAGAGCUGUUUGGGCUGCACUAAAAAGCUACUCUCUUCAUGGGUUUUCAUGGUGGAUUACAAUUAUACAUAUAAACUUCUCUCUUUUCAAAUUCUACAUUUCCUUAUUCUAUUGCUUAUUACAAGUUUACAACAGUCUUGAAUGAGGUAAGGCUACUCAAAAAGCUUCUAUCUUUGUAAUUCUUGAUUAGUUUUGUAGCUUGUUUUGAUUCUUUAUAUACAUUGCUUCAAUUAUAGUGCAAGAAUCAUUUGGGUAGGUAAUGCUUUUGUUAGAUCUGGGAGGGUUAAAUGAUAUAGAUUUCUUGGGUGCAGUGUGAAGUUGAAAUUUUUAUUCAGGUUUUGAGUUCUAUAUAAGCUUGCUACAUUUGGGUCUUUAAUUGGGUAUUGGGGAUGAGGGAUAUGGAUAGAAUUCUAGUGUUGAAGUGGGUUUUUAUGGUUUUAGGAUGUGGGUUUUUUGUUGGGGUGUCAUUUGCAGCUUAUACUCCUGUAGAUAGGUACCUAAUUGCCUGUGGAUCUUCGAAAAAUGUUACAUUCUCCAGUCAAACUUAUGUUUCUGAUUCCGCGGAAUCUUCAGUUACAUUAAAAUCUCAGGGGAAUUCUUUUGUUGCUUCAUCGAAUUCCAGUGUUCCUUUGCCAGUUCUUCAGUCUGCUCGAGUUUUCACAAACACGACAUAUUACAAGUUUGAUAUUAAGGAAGAGGGUCGGCAUUGGGUUCGCCUGUAUCUGUACCCUCUUUCGAAUACGGGCCAUGACCUGAAAUCUGCCUCAGUUACUGUUGUCACUGAAGAUUUUGUGCUUUUGAAUAACUUUAGUUUUAGUGACUAUAAUGGUACUUAUCUCAUGAGAGAGUUUUUGAUCAACGUGACUGCGGAUACUUUGUCUAUUGCCUUCAUACCUUCAAACAACUCGAUAGGAUUUGUUAAUGCAAUUGAAGUUGUCUCCUUACCAAAUGAGUUGCUACCUGAUCAAGCACAGGCCUUAUCUUCAUUUGCACCUAUUAGCGGCCUUUCCGAACUUGCCUUUGAGACGGUUUAUCGUCUGAAUAUGGGAGGUCCAUUGAUCACUGCUCAGAAUGAUACCCUUGGACGAACUUGGGUAAAUGAUGAAAAAUACCUUCAUGUUAACAGUUCUGCUGUGAAUAUUUCAGCUAGCCCUGCUAUCAUAGAAUAUCGAGAUGCUCUUACACCUGAAAUUGCACCAAAUUCGGUUUAUGCUACUGCCGAAACCAUGGGAGAUUCGAAUGUAGCUGACUCAAACUUCAACAUGACUUGGGUACUUCCUGUUGAUCCAGAAUUUUCCUAUCUUGUUCGGGUUCAUUUCUGCGAUAUCUAUAGCAAGUCACUGAACACUCUUGUGUUCACCGUUUAUAUAAAUUCUUAUAUUGCUCUUCCAAGUUUGGACCUUUCAUCUCUACUUGGCAAGUUAAAUACGCCUUACUAUAAAGAUUUCAUAAUUAAUUCCUCGGCUAAUUCUGAUACUUUAACUGUAAGUGUUGGUCCAGACCCUAGUGCUGAAUUGGCAGCUGCGAUACUCAAUGGUCUGGAAGUCAUGAAGAUUAGCAAUGAAGCCAAAAGCCUAGAUGGGCAUGACGCAGUUGCAAAUCUCCUUCUGAAGUCGUCUAAAAAGAAGAAAAUUGGCUUGAUAGUGGGCUGUGCAGCAGGAGCCUCAGCUGCAUUGUUGCUUAUAGGUCUGUGUUAUUGCUGCUUGCUCACCCGCCAAUCCAAGACACCUAACCAGGGAAAUUCAUGGCUUCCUCUACCCUUAUAUGGAAACUCUUUGACCUUAACAAAGGGGUCAACUGUAUCUCAGAAGAGUGGAACAGCAAGCUGCAUCUCACUAGCAUCUUCUAAUCUUGGGCGAUUUUUCACAUUCCAAGAAAUCAUGGAGGCAACCAACAAAUUUGAUGAGAGCUCAUUAUUAGGUGUUGGAGGUUUUGGCAGGGUUUACCAGGGAACACUGGAAGAUGGGACUAAAGUAGCUGUCAAAAGAGGAAACCCAAGAUCUGAGCAAGGCCUUGCAGAAUUCAGAACAGAGAUAGAAAUGUUGUCCAAGCUACGACAUCGUCACCUUGUUUCUCUCAUUGGCUAUUGUGAUGAGCGCUCAGAAAUGGUUCUAGUUUAUGAAUACAUGGCUAAUGGGCCUCUUAGGAGCCAUCUUUAUGGAUCUGACCUUCCACCCCUCUCUUGGAAGCAGCGCCUUGAAAUUUGUAUUGGGGCUGCUAGAGGUCUUCACUAUCUACACACAGGUGCAGCUCAGAGUAUAAUUCACCGAGAUGUGAAGACAACAAACAUACUCUUGGAUGAGAACUUUGUGGCAAAAGUUGCUGAUUUUGGCCUCUCAAAAGCCGGACCGGCUCUUGAUCAGACUCACGUGAGUACAGCUGUCAAGGGUAGUUUUGGAUACCUUGAUCCAGAGUACUUCAGAAGACAGCAGCUGACAGAGAAAUCUGAUGUUUAUUCAUUUGGUGUUGUCCUCAUGGAAGUUCUUUGCACAAGACCGGCUCUAAAUCCUGUUCUUCCUAGAGAGCAAGUAAAUAUUGCGGAAUGGGCUAUGGCUUGGCAAAAGAAAGGCAUGCUGGAUGAGAUCAUGGAUAAAAACUUGGUUGGAAACGUAAAUUCAGCUUCUUUGAAAAAGUAUGGGGAAACUGCAGAGAAGUGUCUUGCUGAUUAUGGGGUUGACAGGCCUUCAAUGGGGGAUGUUUUGUGGAAUUUAGAGUAUGCUCUUCAGCUUGAGGAGACAUCAUCGGCCCUUAUGGAACCGGAAGAUAACAGCACUAAUCACAUCCCGGGCAUUCCAAUGACUCCACUAGAGCCAUUUGACAACAGUGUAAGUAUGAUUGAAGGGCGUAACUCAGGUACUGAUGAUGAUGCAGAAGAUGGUGCCACUAGUGCUGUUUUCUCUCAGCUCGUAAAUCCUCGUGGAAGAUAAGUAGCUUCCAUAAUUUGCUUGGACUAUUUCCUAUGGCAUGAGAGUGACUGGAUGCCCAGAAUGUGAAGGUCAUCAGUUUUUUUCUACCUCAAGUCUUAUUUUUAAAAAAUAAUAUGAAUCUGUAUGUACAAUAGUCAUUGUGAGUAACUUAAGGCAAGAUUAUCAUCAUGAUUUAUUAUUUAAUCAAUAUCAGUUUCAGUUAUGUA